AUGCAGCGAGCUGGGGCAGCCCGCACGGGCAACGCGACAGGAAGGGGCAGGGCGGACGGGCGACGAGGCGGGCUGGGGCAGCCCAGACGGGCGACACGACAGGCAGGGGCAGGGCGGACGGGCAACGUGGCAGGCAGCAUGGGCGCACGGUCCUGGGCCUCCCAGUACCCCGUCCCCGCCACCUACGGCCCCGUCGCCGCCACCUGCGGCCCCGUCGCCGUCACCUGCGGCCCCGUCGCCGCCACCUGCGGCCCCGUCGCCGCCACCUGCGGCCCCUUCGCCGUCAGCUGCGGCCCCGUCGCCGCCACCUGCGGCCCCAUCGCCGCCACCUGCGGCCCCGUCGCCGCCCCCUGCGGCCCCGUCGCCGCCACCUACGGCCACGCAGCCGCCACCUGCGGCCCCGCCGCCACCUGCGGCCCCGUCGCCGCCACCUGCGGCCCCGUAGCCGUCACCUGUGGCCCCGGCCGUGCCGUUGACUUUGAGGUCUGGGUCGAUGACCUCCAGCUGUUUCUCCAGUGCGAUAGGGCAGACGGACUCUCUCUGUUCAAUCUCACCUCUGGUGCCUCUCCUGCCCCGCCUCCUACUGCUGACAGCAGUGUUCGCUCACAGUGGGCCACAUGCGAUACUACUGCUCGCCUUGCUGUGCGUCGCCACUUACCGACCACUGAGCGUGCACACUUUAGCCAGUACAAGAGUGCUCAGACCUUGGACCACUUCCUCUCAGUUUGCCCCACCACUCUCACCGUUGACCUCCUCGAGAAGAGCCUCCUAGCAGCAGAGAAGAGCAUAGUUGCUGUAGGAGCCUCUCGUGGUGACCCUCGCACCCCCGUCUUUGAGGGGUGUUCCCCCUCUCCCCUCUUGCCCUCUAUUGCCUCUGCUGCUGCGGCCGACCUCGUUGGUUUCGAGUCGGUCGGCGCUGCGUCUGCCCCAAGCGGGAGACGCCACACCGGCAAGGGCAAGACGGGCAAGGGCGCUGGAGGGGCUGGAGGGGGCGGUGGAGGUGGUAGUGGAGGCAGUGGAGGGGGUGGGGGUGGUGGUGGGAGUGGUGGCGGGGGUGGAGGUGUCGGUGGCAGCAGUGGAGGCGGAGGAGGCGGCGGCGGUGGCGGAGGGAGCGGAGGCGGCGGAGGUGGUGGAGGCGGCGGAGGCGGCGGAGGUGGUGGAGGCGGCGGCAGCAGCAGUGGACCUGGUCGCAGCUCUGCGCAGAGGAGUGGCUCCGGUGGUGGUACGCGCCAGCAGCAGCAGCGCAGUCGUGAGACCAUGUCCCCUCAGCAGCUUCGUGAGUGGUACGCUGCGCGUCAGCGCGGUGGGGGUACGGGUCCCUGCACGUACGUUCUCCGCACCGGCGACCGCGCUGGUGAGCAGUGCGGGGGCCCGCACUCCACCCAGCGCUGCUUCGGCCGCCUGACGGACGCAUGGCAACACCAGUUCCCUGAGGCCUCUGAGAUCCCUCGCUGGGGAGAGCUGUCUAGAGCGGGGGUUGCUAUCUUUGAUCUUGAUUAUGAUGCUAUUCUUCCUGCCAUGUAUGCUAUGUCUGCUAGUGAUGAGGGUGACUAUUACCUGUGUGUUCCGCCUGACCCGCAUUGA